CUUUUAUAACACAGGUGACUCACGUGGUAAAAAAUGAAUUACGAAAUAGUACGUUGCUAAGUAUAUAAGGGGGAUAAUCAGCAAUAAAGGCAAAAAAGGAGAAAAGGAUCUCGAGAAACAACAUCUACUGUUGAGGACUAUUGUAUAUCAUUAUGGACAUCACAGUUUCUUGGUUCCUAGCAUUGACUAUCGUGCAGGUUGUGUAUGCAUUCACAACAGUAUCUAGUAAUAUUGCUGAAAAAAUCCCAACUGAAGUUCUGAAAGACACAAUAAUGCCAACUGAUGCUCUGGAAGACACAAUGAUGUCAACUGAUGCUCUGGGAGACACAAUGAUGUCAACUGAUGUUCUGGAAGACACGAUGAUGUCAACUGAUGUUCUAGAAAACACAAUGAUGUCAACUGAUGCUCUGGAAGACACAAUGAUGUCAACUGAUGUUCUGGAAAACACAAUGAUGUCAACUGAUGCUCUUGAAGACACAAUGAUGUCAACUGAUGUUCUGGAAGACACGAUGAUGUCAAUUGAUGUUCUAGAAAACACAACAAUGUCAACUGAUGUUCUGAAAAACGUAAAAAUGGCAACUGGUUUUCUGGAAGAUACAACAUUUACAAUAAAUGAUGACAACAUUCAAGGUCUUAAUAAUACCAGUGAAUCACUAUCAAAUAAGCAUCAAUUACAAGUCGAUAAUGAGACAUUAAACGGCAGAAACAUGUCAAACAAACACAGUAAUAAUCGCUCUAAUUCAACAACAAUUAACCCCACUGGGAUCACUCUUUCAACAGAAGAAAAGCGCAUUAAGACAUUUAUUGGAGCAUUUCUUUCAAUUGUUGGUAUACUGGCAAACAUUACAGUAAUUUGCGCUAUUGCAAUGUCAUACAAACAAUUAAACAAAAAAUAUCUUCUAAUUUUGAGCAUCAUGAUGUGUAACUUAAUGACAACUGGUAUCUUAACUCCAUUAUAUCUUGUCAAUUUACACCAUUCUAUUCUGAGCUCAAGUGAAGUAUUUUGUAACAUGUUUGCAAUGGGUUACACUUUAUCCACUGUUAUAUCAUUUGGUUCUUAUGUUCUCAUGAGUAUUUAUCUAUUUGUAGAUUUGGGUGAUUUCACCGAGAGAAAACAUAAAGCAAUUAUUGUUAGUUUAGUACUACUUUGGAUACUUGGUAUAGGUGGAGUUGUCAUCAAUGGCCUGAUUAUAGGAGCCACCUAUUUGCCAAAACAGGAAAUAUGUAUUUUGAAUCCAGUAGUGGGAUUUAUUGAUAAAGAUCAUGAUUUUGAGGAAUUACAUUUUAAACAGGAGCUCGUAUGUGUAAUUUCAUUGAUGAUAAUCAUUCUAGUAAGUGGUAUUCUGUAUAUAAAAACAAAGUUUUUGCAAAAUCGUUUGAUUCAACUUGAAAAAACGAGUACUCGUAGAAUUUUUGACAAGUUUGCCAACAAAACAGUAUCUCUUAAGUUCGAUACAACAAUGAAUGAGAAUGAAAUUCAAAUACAAGUACAGAAUUUAGAACAAAAUAGGCGGAAUGUCAGAAUUGGUGUUUCACAUUUUCUGAAAAACUAUACACAGACAUAUGCGAUUCUUUUUACAAUAUUUGUGAUAUGUAAUUUACCAUUUUUUAUUUUUGCAACUCUUGAGCCAAAGAUGCCUGAAAUCCCCACCUAUUUGUUCAAACUACUCUUAUUACUAAGGUGGUGUAGCUGCAUUAUUCACCCUAUUGUUUAUGGAUUAAGAUUUACAACAUUACGGAGGGCAAUUAUUCGUCUCAAAUUAGUACUUUGCCAGAAUAUGUAAGAACCGUAUAUGAUUUUCCUUAAACAUGUUCUUCAACGUCCUGUUUAGUAAAAUAAAGGUUGUGAAAAGAAGAAGAAAAUUUUUUUUUGUCAUAUACAAUUUAACAAACAACAAUUAUCAGGGAGCUCUUUACUCAUUAGCUACCACACUCAUUACCCAAUGCACUCAUUACCUACCACACUCAUUAUCCAAUGCACUCAUUAAC